UUGUCAUUUGUAGCUUGGCCCUCACACAUUACAAAGUACACAGGUUGGGCUCAGAAUUCCCACCCAGUGUGACUGUCAGAUAUUAGUUGUGUAUUUGGAUCAGGAGUACAGUGAGUAUAGUGAAAGGGCUUCAGGCUUCUCCAGUAUGCCAUUUUCCUAUCCAGUAACAGUCCCAGGGGGCACUCUUUGGCCCAUUGGGGAAACUCGCUUGUAUUCCAGGGAGCUCAAGUACAGGAAACACUGUCACCAUGUACCAUAUUUAUUAUGAUGUUAUCACUUUGAUCUAUGACACAAAAGUUAGUUGGGCGUUCCUGAUGAAACUAUCUAGUAACUUGGCAGCAACACAACCACAUUAAUUACUGGUAUGUAGCAUAGCCUUUAAUGUCAACAAAUGAAAGCCAGUGAGCAUGGAAACCACCUGUCCAUUCGAAUACUUCUGCUAUUGUGUAAUAUGGAAAGGUAUUGUUCUGGCAAUAGAUAAUUGUUUCAUUGCCAGCACCACAUAAGAAAGCAUCAGCAAAACACACUGCUCUCUUCUAAAUGCAGCAAGACAACUCUAGACGAAGUAAGAUGUGGUGGUUUGUUGCAGUAGCAUGUCUAAUACACACAACUGUAAGCUCAGAAGAACUCACCAGAAGUGAAAAAGAUGGAAAUCCUGAAAUUCAUAUGAAUGUUAGUCAGGUGAUUUCUUUCCGAGGAUACCCCAGUGAAGAGUAUGAAGUCUUGACGGAUGAUGAUUAUUAUUUGACAAUAAAUAGAAUUCCCUAUGGAAGAAAAAAUCUUACCUUUGGAGGUCCAAAGCCUGUUGUGCUACUCCAGCAUGGAAUACUUGCAGAAGCUAGCCAUUGGGUUGAAAAUAUGGCUGACAACAGCUUCGGUUUCAUAUUAGCAGAUGCUGGCUAUGACGUUUGGCUAGCAAACAGCAGAGGGUGCAGAUGGUCUCAGAGACACCAGAAUUUCUCAACUGACCAAGAAGAAUUCUGGGACUUCAGUUUCCAUGAAAUGGCCAUGUAUGACUUGCCAGCAACGAUCAACUUUAUUCUACAGAAAACUCAACAGGAGAAAUUGUACUACAUUGGCUAUUCUCAAGGUGCUUCUAUUGGUUUCAUAGCAUUUUCGGCCCAGCCAGAGCUGUCUCAAAAAAUCAAAAUGUUUUUUGCCUUGGCACCCGUGGUCUCUAUUAAGCACGCUCCAAGCCCUAUGUUAAAGCUAUUACUUACUCUUUCUGAAAACUCCGUCAAGGGCUUAUUUAACACCAAAGACGUGGUUUUUUGGAAGAAGCCAGUGAGAAAUUUUAUCAUUCGGUUAUGCAGAAAUACAUUGAUGAAGAACAUAUAUGCCCGUAUGAUGUUUUCUCCAGGUGGAUUCAAUGCCACAAAUUUAAAUAUGAGUCGAGUAGAUGUAUAUGCAGCUCACUUUCCAGAUGGAUCCUCCGUUAAAAAUAUUCUACAUUGGCAACAGGUGGGAAAGUCAGAAUUAUUCAGAUGGUUUGACUAUGGAAGUGAGAAUCAAGCAAAAUAUAACCAGUCAUAUCCUCCUUUAUAUGAAAUAGAAGACAUGAUGGUGCCAACUGCAGUAUGGUCUGGAGGAAACGACUUGGUGGCAGACCCAGAAGAUAUGAAGAUUUUACUUUCUCAAAUUAACAAACUAGUUUACCAUCAUGAAGUGUCGGAUUGGAACCACUGGGAUUUCAUCUGGGGGCUCAAUGCUCCCCAACGCAUGUACUCUAAAAUCAUUGAGUUCAUGAGGAAGUCUUUAUUUUGACAUAGUAGAAUUUAUUUUUAUUUGAUUGACUUCUCUUUCUUUCACUUUAAUCACCAUAUCCUGAUCAAGUAGACAAGACUAAUGUGGGAACAUCAGUGCUGCCUUAUUUAAUGCAACAGUGCUCAUCUUUAUUUUAAAACCAUGUCUUUGUUUAUAUGCUGAUGGUUCCUUUGUUUGUUUGAGACAUUUUUGCCCUGUAUUUCCAUGUUAGGGACCUUUAAGGCAGCUAAUAACAAUGUAAAAUCGAUACCAAAUAAUUUAGAACAAAACCUAAAGCCAAAUAACAGAAGCAAUCCACAAUCCACAAAUCCAAUAGAAUUUCUGGUUUCAAUCCAAACAUAUUUUAUACCAAGGGUGGGGAGGGAGUGUAGGGGAGGCCAUGAACUAAAAGAAGCUCAAAGAACUAAAAGUUAUUAAAGAAAACAAUAAAAACCUGUUUCAUGAGGCACCAGCAAAGAAGUUGAGAAUCUUUCAAGACAUUGGUCAUACAAGCUCAGGGGCUGCAUAUGUUCUUUUUUAACUUGAGGCUCUGGCAGCUGCCUGGAUUUGCAUGCAGUUCAGUGGUGCCUUUAAAAAAUCAAUUUGUGAGGCUGUUUGGUUUUUUUAUAUUAUAUUUACUGUCCCUGACUAUGACAAAGAAUAGACUUGAGGUAUCAGCGUGUUCUGUCCACAGUCAUAUUUUUCAUUGUGCCAAUUUAGAACUCUUCUCAUAAGGGGCUUUUUAAAAACUCUGAUUAUAGUACUCAUUGUAGGCAAGAUUUAUGCAGCAUUUCUUUUCAGCAGACUUCAGUCUGGGGUGGCUGAUUUGAAAAUCCUUGGCCCAAAACAGGUGGCAUUUCAUAUGGCACAUAGUACGCUCAAUCAUUGUCAGGUGCUAUCCCACCUGAUUAAUAAGUAUGCCAUUUCGAGGAGGAGCUUUUUAUAUGCAUCUUUCAUAAACCUUUCAUUUGUAUUUGUCUCCAUAUCUAGAAGCUGUCUAUGGGCUACAUUGAACCAAAACACAAUAGACAAGAGAUUUAUGUGUUUAAUUAAAAAUCUCUAUACUGAUUCUACUGCCCAAAUGCAGUAUAAUAGUGAGGGUCACUUAACUGCCCCCUUCCCUGCCUUCUAGCACCAUCUUUAUUUAGCUGGUACAUGUCCAAUUUGCCAGUUUUUUUAUUGAUCCUUCUCUGCACUUGCCUACCCCACCUCAAAAAUCCUAGGAGCAGGUAGGUAGGUAGUAGACAGAAGAAACAAAAAUAUUGUACAAUAUUAUAACAAUACAUGGACCAAUAAACCUGUGAAACAUCUUGGAAUUUAGGUAACUUUGAAGACCUAUUAAAGUCAGUUUUUUCCAAAUCAAUUCUGAACAUAGCUCAUAAGCCUUCCCCCCACUCCUGUGUGAGCCCCGCCACACAUUAACCUUGGGAUUCUGCUCUGUGUCCUCAGCAGUGUCCCAGGCACCAACAAAUCUCUUACAUGACAUCCAUACUAAAGAUAUGGGAGCUCUGGAAAAACUAAAUCUCCAAGGGUCCCUACUGAUGUAGUAUUCAACAGACCAGAAAAAGGAGGGAAGGAGAGUCUAAGAUAAAGGAGAACUUUGGGGAGAAAUAAACUUGCUUUUAAGAGAGGUAAGCUAGUCUUUCUGAGUCAGGAAACUGCAACCCCUUCUGUGAUGGGCAGGGGAGACGAGUUGCCAUUGAGCCUGUGUAUAAUACUCAUCCCCACUCAAGGCUAGCGUCUACGUGCUGAAGAUACAGUUCUGUGGCACAGGGAAGUGCCUAAGCCUGAGGAUGAAGGUGGGGGUUCUUCCUUCCCCCAUUUCUCUACAAGUAAAAUUCCUUGUGCCUUCUCUUCUUGGGCUCCAGGUAUAUUCACAUACAGGAAACCUUUUCCACUGUAAAAGAGGUUGUGUGUAUGCGUGUGUGUGUGUGAGAGAGAGAGACAGAGAAUUCUGUGAAUUACAUGCAUUUACUGAGGAUAACCGCCAGAGGGCACUUUUCCUAUAUUCAUAUUUUGAGCUUGAACCAUCUAUAGAUACAUAAGUCCCAUUGCACACAGAUGGCAAAAUUCAGGCAUGUUUUUAAUUCUCCUAUUGAAAUCUGCAGGACUUAAAGUUACCAAACUAGGCUGGAUCAUAUAUUUUAUGUUCUGAUACAUUUGAUAUGAACAGACAUUACUGGAAAGGAUAACUCUCUGAGUCAAUUAACGAAAGCUUAUGCUAUAAUAAAAUUGGUUAGUCUUAAAGGUG